AUGAGUAAAUUGGAGAAUCCUACUAGUCCCGAUGUCAAAGACACAAGAACUACAUAUAUUCAAGAGCGUGGCCUUGUUCCGGAUUACGGAGACUAUGCGGGUACAGAUAAAGAAUAUCAUCUGAGAGUAGCAAGAGUAAACGAACUAAGACUAGAACUGGAGAACCUUACUACAGAACAGAAGACUGAACGAACAGAGCUUUCUGAGUUAGUCGAUCGACAUCACACCAACCUCAACCUCAGCACUGAUAAAAGGUGCAGAGAAAUCCAAGCAAAUUUGACGGCUACCGCCGUGAAGAACAUUCCAGACUCGUUACGAGAGUUGGCACAACAGAACCGUGUCAUGAAGCGAGAACUGCUCCUUCAUCAAGAUAGCAUCUACGAGACGGAGCAAGAGAUUGAGCAAAUCAAAGAGGACAUAAGGCAACUUCAGAGGCAAUUCAAAAAGAAGCCUGGGUACGUUGUUCCUGUAUCAACGGACAUUUGCACGCCUGACACAGAACUAAGCUUAGAUAUCCCCACCUACAAGAUGCUGCCAGUAUGAGUGGAUCGACCAGCGACCUUAUCGUCUAGUAGCAACUUUGAUACCAUUGAACAAUACUAAAUACUUGCUCGAUUAUUAAACAUAGUUUUAAUUUU